UGUGUGCUACGGGCCAAGCUGAGCAGCAGCUGUGUGUGAGUGUUGGAUAUCUCUAAAGGGUCAACACAGCUGUAAACGCCCUCCCGAAGGCCCUUCCCCCUCCCCUCCCCUCCCAUCCUUUAUCUCCCAACUUCCCCUAAACACACGAUCAUGUCCAAGUUGAGGACCAGGAGAACUCCGUCUCCCACGUCACCUCUCCCGUCCUUCUACUCCCCAUUUGGGAUUCUAUCCCUCCUCCUCUCCCUCUGUCUCUCCCUUUCCCUCUAUCCGCCCUCCUCAUCGGCGGAGCAGACUGUGCCUGUCAUCUCCACGGUGCAGGGCCGUAUCCGUGGCAUUCUGACCCCGUUGCCCUCCGACCUCCUGGGGCCCGUCAUCCAGUACCUGGGAGUACCAUACGCAAGGCCUCCAACGGGAGACCGGCGCUUCCAGCCGCCCGAGCCUCCUUUGCCCUGGCCAGGAAUACGGAAUGUGACGCAGUUUGCUCCAGUGUGCCCACAGUCACUGGAUGAGAGGAGCAUGCUGGGAGAUAUGAUGCCGUCCUGGCUCACGGCUAACCUGGAUAUAGCUGCCACGUACCUCACUCACCAGAGUGAAGAUUGUCUCUACCUCAAUAUCUACGUGCCCACUGAGGAAGACAUCCAUGAGGAGGGGGGUCAGCGGCCGGUGAUGGUCUACGUCCACGGGGGCUCGUACACAGAAGGCACUGGCAACAUGAUGGAUGGCAGCGUGCUGGCAAGCUACGGCAACGUCAUUGUCAUAACGCUCAACUAUCGCCUAGGAGUACUAGGAUUUCUUAGUACAGGUGACCAGGCGGCAAAAGGAAACUACGGCUUGCUGGAUCAGAUCCAGGCUCUGCGCUGGGUGAAGGAGAAUAUCGCAGCCUUCGGAGGAGACCCAAGCAGGGUCACUGUGUUUGGAUCGGGGGCCGGGGCCUCGUGCGUCAGCCUGCUCACCUUGUCUCACUACUCUGAGGACCUGUUCCACAGAGCCAUCAUCCAGAGCGGCAGCGCUUUAGCCAGUUGGGCUGUCAACUACCAGCCAAGCAAGUACGCCCGGCAGCUCGGUGAGAGGGUGGGCUGCGGCAUCGACGACAGCACCCAACUGGUUGCCUGCCUUCAGGGCCGGAGUUACCGCGAACUUGUGGAGCAGAGCAUAACGCCGGCCAAAUAUCACACGGCGUUUGCCCCGGUGAUUGAUGGUGAUGUUAUACCGGAUGACCCCCAGAUUCUGAUGGAGCAGGGAGAGUUUCUGAACUACGAUGUGAUGCUGGGGGUUAAUCAGGGCGAGGGCGUGAAGUUUGUGGAGGGCAUUGUGGACUCAGAGGACGGUGUCACGGCUGAGGACUUUGACUUUGCAGUGUCAGACUUUGUGGAUAGUUUAUAUGGAUACCCAGAAGGCCGAGAUACGCUGAGAGAGAGCAUAAGGUUCAUGUACACGGACUGGGCAGACCGUGACAAUGCAGAAACCCGGCGGAAGACUCUGGUAGCGCUAUUCACAGACCACCAGUGGGUAGCGCCAGCGAUCGCCACAGCUGACCUCCACGCUCAGUAUGGAUCCCCCACCUACUUCUACUCCUUUUACCACCACUGCCAGAGUGACGCCACGCCACCCUGGGCUGACUCCGCCCAUGGUGAUGAGGUGCCCUACGUGUUCGGCGUGCCCAUGGUGGGACCCACUGAUCUGUUCAACUGUAACUUCUCCAAGAACGACGUGAUGCUGAGUGCCGUUGUCAUGACUUACUGGACCAACUUUGCCAAGACUGGUGACCCAAACCAGCCGGUUCCUCAAGAUACUAAGUUCAUCCACACUAAACCUAACCGUUUCGAAGAAGUGGCCUGGUCUAAAUACACCCCUAAAGAGCAGCUGUAUCUCCAUAUUGGCCUGAAGCCACGUGUCAGAGACCACUACCGUGCCACCAAAAUCUCCUUCUGGCUCCAGCUGGUCCCUCACUUGCAUCAUGUCAAUGAGCUUCUCCAGUCGGUGUCCUCCUUCACGCACAGUCCCUCUCCACAGGAUGACACUCCUUAUUCUUACACUAAGCGUCUGGCCAAAGGCUGGCCGCCUAGUAGCACACGUCAUCCAGGUUCACAAGGAGGUACUCCACAGCCGCCAGAGUCUGCAUUAGGCCAAGGUGGAGCGGAAGACGGGGUCCGCGUCCCUCCUGAGGACUACUCAACUGAGCUCUCAGUGACGAUCGCGGUGGGAGCUUCACUGUUGUUUCUUAACAUCCUCGCGUUCGCAGCACUGUUGUACAAGAAAGACAAGAGGCGUCUGGAGCAUCGUCGGCCACGUCCACUUCCUCCCCCAAGACGAGACAUCACGCCUGCAGAUGUCGCUGCCCACCUGCAAGGGGAGGGACUGAUGUCAUUACAGGUGAAGCAGCUGGAGUGUGAUGCUGCAUCAGCAGAUGAGAGGAACAACACUCAUCACCAUCACACUCUGGAUACGCUGGACGCCCUGGACGGCAUGGACACCCAGGACAUCUACAGCACACUGGACACCGUACGCCUCACCUGCCCGCCCGAUUACACCCUGACCUUGCGCCGCUCACCUGACGACGUCCCCCUCAUGACCUCUCUGACCCCAGGAUCACUGCCUGUGACUCCUGGGUCCCACCCUGUUACCCCGGCGACGCCGAUGACCCCCAUGACGCCUGGAUCAGUGGUGGGGAUGAGGAUGGGGCAUCCGCACCAGGGAUACACACACCAUAGCCCAUAUAGUAAUACACACUUGCCACACACGCACAUCUCCACGCAUACACACUCCACCACACGUGUAUAACUGCAGCAAGAUACUUGCACACAUAAGGACAUAAUUACAACACAUACACUCAUACCAACACACGCACAAACACAGACACGCAAACACACACACACACACACUCACUCACACACAUACGCAAAACAAAAGACUUAAAUACCUCUACUAAUUACCCUGCAGGAUUGUUUCAGAUGGAGUCACAGAAAGACAUUUUCAGUAACAGGAUGAAAAGACAGACAGCUGUGUGUUGCAUGUCGGGAACUAAAGACAAACUGGAUCCCGGGAGAUGCAGUUCUAUGCAUCACUUGCUCAUAACCUUGAACGAAAUGAGCCAAGGCAUCCAUCAAAUGUCUCAAAACCUGCUUUGGAUAUUAUAUCUUCUGCUUUUUCUACACCAGAGGAGGAAGAGGAGGAGCGCUGUGGCAAAAAGGGUCAGUUAUGGAUCAGUUUACAUCUCCUACUGUACCUGUGCUGCACGCUGAGGCAGUGCUGAGACUGAUCAGAGCACAUGCAGAUGCAGAUGCAGAUGUAGAUGCAGAACUCAGCUAAGAAGUACCACACACACAGACUGCUGAUGUCAACUUGAACAACCUGUGAAAUGUGAAUGUAGCAUUUUUUUUUCCAUUAAAAGAUCAAAGGCCCUAUCUGCCGAGGAUCAAACUAAGCUGAGGAGAAAAUAACAAAUUUCAGAAAGAGAUGGAUGUAAAGAAAGACAGAGAGGAAAAGGGGAUUGGAAAAAAAAAAACAUUAGCUGAAGGAAAAGUUCGUCAGAAGGUGGGAAAGAGAUUAAGAUUUUAUUGAGAGGGAUUUAACAGCUGUGAGAGUGAGAAAGAUGAAGUGAGAUAGAGUGAUAUGGAAAACACAGAGAUGGGAAGUGUGCCAAGAGACAGAAAUUAGCUUCACAGAUGAGAGGGCCUCUAAAGUGUUGUCAGAUUUACUGAAGAAUCACUCUAACCAGCUAUGUGUUAAACUCUUGUAAAUAGAAUGGAAAGGUACAGAUGAUAUAUUAUGAUUUAUAGCAUUUACCUGCUGUUGCAUUAAAACAUGACUUAUUUAACCACAUAAAUGCUUUCAUUUCAGAUAUUACUAUAUUAUUGUAUAGGUGUCCUGAAGCAAGGCUGGUUGUCUUUCUAUCUCACCCACUGUAGUAUGUACACAGUACCUUUAUUUAAAGGCUAUAUUUGCUAUGCACAGUCAUUUCAAUAAGUCUUAACUGUGUAAACAUCUUGAUACUUGUUUAGUAGUUGAAGUAUAGGCCAUUUUCACACCAUCUACUGUUGUUUGACCAUCUGAUGAUAAGCUAGUACUGUGUAGAUAAUGCAAUAUUGGUUUGAUGAUUGAGCACCAGCCAAAAACCAUGACCCAUUAAUCCCUUCCCUUUCUCCUUUCCCCCUCACUCCUAAAAGUUCUCUUAGAGGCCUUACCCUUAAUUCCUAAUAAACCCAACCUUAAUUAAUGUCUCUGCAGACAGACAGGUGGUGAUGAUUCAGGAGGUUCAACGUCACAGCGUGUCAUCAAAAAGUUGAGAAUGCUUUUUAUUUUUCGUGUUACAUUUUACCAGGGCCCCCAGUAAUUAUAGAAGAGCCCCUGCUUGAACUACCUAAUGCUGACUGAAACCUUGUUUAACUAAGAAUUGUUAAAGCUUAAAAUUUCUCCACAGUGUCACCCUAUAAUCUGUAUAAAGAAACGUGAGUCUGUCACCUUCAUUUGAAAGCCUGGAGUUUGGUUUACUAUCUGCCACCAUGUUGUCAAUUAUUCGGAGCCAAAUUUGAUUAAUUAGCAGCAGCCUGGGUGGAGCUGAGGAGGGAUGAUCAGCGUGCCUUUGCUUGAUAGUUUGACUUGACAUUGAAGGCAAACACAACUCCAAACUUACCGUCCCCCCCCCCCCCUUUAAUAUCCUCUUAUUAAUGGAGCUAUAUUUUUUUCAAAUUGCCACGUACAUAUGCUUUAGAAGAAGUGAAAUGAAUUAAUAAAAAGCCACCACCAACAUGUGACAAUAAUGAUUGAUUUGAUUUCAGAAAGAAGCUGGAGGUUUUCCUGCUGACUUCACAGCGAGUGCUUGAGGGCGGUGGUGGUUACUGCUUUGUGUCAUCAUAAUGAGAUUUGCAUUAUUCAGAAAAUCUAUUUCAACCAAUUCAUAUUGACAAUUCAUGCGCCAGAGAUGUGGUACUGUCAUGGCUGCCAUUAAGAAAAGACAAAUGGUCAAACUCUGUCUAUGUGAAGAUAAAAACCUUAUAAGUCAACUAAACAAGAAACCCGAAGUCCCAAACCUUGAUCCUAACCGGUAACUUAACCAAAGGCCAUAACCCUGAUAUUGUAACUUCCCUGUUUUAUCCUUUCCCCCCGCUCUUUCCUUCCCCUAACCCCAUCCACCCCCAUCCUGCCCCCCCUCCCAGCCUCAUCUGUGUGACGUCAUGCCGCUUUGUCGCAGUGUGGCCUAUUUAACCUCCUCUCAUCCUAAGUAACUUCUUCAUGAGAGAUUUUAGUUAAUUGUCAACAGAAUACAUCAACAAUGAAAGCCGAACAAUUUGUGGAUGACAAGCAAAGAACUUUUACAAAAUGAUAUAAAAAUAACAUUUAAUGUAUGUUUGAUUGACUGAAUAUUUUUUUCAUAUGGGUUUAUUGACUCAGCGGAUGGCUGGAUUGUGUCAAGCAUAAAACAUUUUUGCUGCAUUUUUGAAAAAUAAAAAUAUCAGUAUUUUACAAUU